UCCUGGGGAAUCCGUCGCUGGAAAGGACCCAUCUCGCCCACCCUUAGGGGUCGAGGCGGGGGAAGGGGGAGGAGAGGGCUGGCGGGGCGGGGCGGGGUUGCUCCGCCCCCGGAGGCUGGGCUGUGACCAGCAGGCGGCUCCGCAGCGCAGCGGGCGCGCUCAUAAAGGGCACAGCCGAGGGUACGUGGUGGAUCGCGGUGCGGAGACUGAGGUUAGAAGGCAGGUGGCGAGAUGAGCCGGGUACCAGCGUUCCUGAGCGCGGCCGAGGUGGAGGAACACCUCUGCAGCUCCAGCCUCCUCAUCCCGCCUCUAGAGACGGCCCUGGCCAACUUCUCCAGCGGUCCCGAAGGAGGGGUCAUGCAGCCCGUGCGCACCGUGGUGCCGGUGACCAAGCACAGGGGCUACCUGGGGGUCAUGCCCGCCUACAGUGCUGCAGAGGAUGCCCUGACCACCAAGUUAGUCACCUUCUACGAGGACCGCGGCAUCACCUCGGUUGUCCCCUCCCACCAGGCUACUGUGCUACUCUUUGAGCCCAGCAAUGGCACCCUGCUGGCGGUCAUGGAUGGAAAUGUCAUAACUGCAAAGAGAACAGCUGCAGUUUCUGCCAUUGCCACCAAGUUUCUGAAACCCCCCAGCAGUGAAGUGCUGUGCAUCCUUGGGGCUGGGGUCCAGGCCUACAGCCAUUAUGAGAUCUUCACAGAGCAGUUCUUCUUUAAAGAGGUAAGGAUAUGGAACCGCACCAAAGAAAAUGCAGAGAAGUUUGCAGACACAGUGCAAGGAGAGGUACGGGUCUGUUCUUCGGUCCAGGAGGCUGUGGCAGGUGCAGAUGUGAUCAUCACAGUCACCCUGGCGACAGAGCCCAUUUUGUUUGGUGAAUGGGUGAAGCCAGGGGCUCACAUCAAUGCUGUCGGAGCCAGCAGACCUGACUGGAGAGAACUGGAUGAUGAGCUCAUGAAGGAAGCUGUGCUGUACGUGGAUUCCCAGGAGGCUGCCCUGAAGGAGUCUGGAGAUGUCCUGCUGUCAGGGGCCGAGAUCUUUGCUGAGCUGGGAGAAGUGAUUAAGGGAGUGAAGCCAGCCCACUGUGAGAAGACCACAGUGUUCAAGUCUUUGGGAAUGGCAGUGGAAGACACAGUUGCAGCCAAACUGAUCUAUGAUUCCUGGUCAUCUGGUAAAUAAAACAAAGGAACUUGAUGUUGAGAUGGAUGCUUAAGGAAUGUUGCUGCUGGUUCUCAUAAUUUCUAGAGUAAAUGAGGGAGUCCAGUCCCCAGUGAACUCUCCUUUUGUGCUUAUCAUGUUUUACCUUAAAUGCUGAGAUCCUCAUUUAUGUUUGUAGUUGGAAAGCAAAGCUAGGUAGCCAUUUCUUCUGUUCUACCAAGUUGUAAUAGCAUUCAUUUCCCUUUAUAUUUCCCUGAAAUAAAGCACUUUCCAAUUGUG